CUUAUUAAUCACUACAAGCGGUUACAUUAUAUUGAAACAUACAAGAUUCCUUAAACCCACAUAUCACCGAAUCCAACUCCGAGCAUAGAUUCCGAUACCCGUUUGAAUAAUGGCUUUUGUUUCCGAAGAGAUAAGCUUUGUUAUGAUACCUUUAAUGGCGCCAGGCCACACCAUUCCCAUGGUGGACAUGGCGAAGCUCUUAGCGAGCCGUGGCGUCACCGUUACAAUUCUCCUAACUACACUCCACGCCUCCCGGUUCAAGGCCGUGAUAGACCGCGCGGUUUCCUCCGGCCUCCCCAUUCGUCUCCGCCGCCUCCAUUUUCCGGCGGAGGAGGCCGGGCUGCCGGCGGGCUGUGAGAGCUUCGAUACACUGCCGUCUUACACUUUGGCCACAAACUUCUUCGCCGCCAUCAACAAGCUCCGAGAUCAAGCCGAGAAGAUUCUAGAAGAGAUCACCCCUCGGCCGAGGUGUAUUAUCUGCGACAGAAACAUCCACUGGACGGCUCAAACGGCCGAGAAGUUUAAGAUUCCGAGGAUUGUGUUCGACGGUAUGAGCUGUUUCAGUCAAAUGUCCAUUCAUAACUUAUAUAUUCUCCAGGCCGACAACCGGAUCCCUGAAACGACGCCGUUCUUGAUCCCCGACAUCCCCGACAGAAUCGAAGUUACCAGGGCGCAGCUCCCGGGCGCUUUUAAUCCGGGGACGUUGGACAUGGACGAUGUCCGGGAAAAGAUAAAAGCGAGCGAAGGCGGCGCGUACGGAUAUAUAAUCAACAGUUUUGAGGAGCUGGAACACAAAUACGUUGACGAGUUUCGGAAAGUCAAAGGUGGGAUUAAUGUUUGGUGCGUUGGACCGCUGUCGCUAUGCAACGAGGAUAGCGUAGACGACAAAGCCCAGAGGGGGAACUCGACAGCCUCAAUCGACCAAGAAAAUUGCCUAAAAUGGCUCGAUUCUUGGCAGCCAGGGAGUGUCGUUUACGCUUGCCUCGGAAGCCUCGCUCGAACCACGCUCGCGCAGUUCGUUGAGCUAGCUUUGGGCUUGGAGGCUUCAAAUCGUCCCUUCAUACUAGUUGUCAAAGCGGCCGGAGAGAAGCAACUACAGGUAGAGAGAUGGAUAUCCUCGAAUCAGUUCGAGGAAAGGGUUCAAAAAAGAAGUUUCUUGAUCAGAGGGUGGGCUCCACAAGUACUAAUAUUGUCUCACCCAUCCAUCGGAGGAUUCUUAACGCACUGUGGAUGGAAUUCUACUCUAGAAGGGAUAACGGCGGGUGUGCCAUUGAUAACGUGGCCUUUGUUUGCCGAGCAGUUUUUGAACGAGAAGUUUGUGGUGAAUGUAGUAGGCACAGGGGUGAGCGUCGGGUCGGAGUCGGUCAUGCACAUGGGAGAGGAAGACAGGUCCGAACGGAAAGUUGGGCGAGAAAACGUGAGGAGUGCCAUUGAAAGAGUAAUGGAGGAAGGGAAAGAAGGGAAUAGGAGAGAAGUAGCUAGAAAAGUAGGAGAAAUGGCCAAGAAGGCAGUGCAAGCUGGAGGGUCUUCUCACCUCAACAUCACACUAUUAAUCCAACAAAUCAUCAAAAUCACCAAAAAAUAAUAUGCAGCGUUAUUGAACUUUGAGUGAAACUUAAUGUGUAACCUAGCUUAUAUUAUAUGUCAUGUCAUUUUGUGUAGCAGUGUUAACA